AUGGAACCAAAGAGAAAAGGAAAGAAGCUGCUCUAUUGGAUUCUCGGAGCAUUAGGACCAAGUUACUGUCUGUAUCAUAGAAGCAGAAGGAAAAACGAAUUUGAACACAUCAGAAAUAAUGACGAUAUAGAAAAAAUAAAAAAGUUAAAAAUAAAUAAUGCACUCUCUUAUAUACCAUUAAUUAUAUUACACAUAUAUGAUAAUUAUAUUUACCAAAAUAGAAUACUUAAAAAUAUUUAUGUCAAGUAUAAGUUGAAGACAAAACAAAAAAGUCAUCAUGACAGAGGGACUAAAUGGGGAGAAAGUGAACAAAAAUGUAAUUAUGAUUUUAUUAUGUAUAAUGAAAAAAAUCUAUUCAAUAAAUUAUAUUUUUACGAACUGGUUUUGGAUAGAAGUAUUAAGUAUGCUGUCAUUUCACCACAGUUAAGUUUACACAUUCUUCGUCAACUAUCUCAAUAUUUUGUCAAUUUAAAUACCAGGCUUUAUAAUGAGAAGGAAUUUAAAGAACAUAGAAGAAAAGAACGUAGAUAUAAUAUCAGACGUUUGUUGGCACACUGGAUAAUGCGUAUUAUUUGGGGAGGAGAAUUACCACAUGAAAUGAACACUGAGAGAUUAAAUGAAUUGGGAGGCUCAUACAUGAGAGUGUAUAAGAGGACUACUUCAAAUGAAUUAACAAACGAGACAUGUAUUGGAAAAAUCAAUCAAAAGAAUACACAUGAGAAUAGACAGAACAUGGUAAGAGGCAGAGGAAACAUAUAUGAAAAGUAUGGAAUACACAAAUAUGAGAAGAUAAAUGAUGACAUCCUAAGUGGUAGUAAAAUACGUCUCCGUCAGCAUGACCAAAUAAGCAUCAAUUUUUUACAUCUACUCAAUCAAGCAUAUGAUAAUGUAAAUAGAAUUUGUCUGAACACGAAUACAAACAUUUAUGUGAAUUUCUACAUGAUUAAUAUAUUGAAGUAUAUAUGCUAUAAGAAUUAUCGCCAAAUUCUUUUGAACAAUUCACAUUUUGAGACUUUAAAUGGAAUGAGUAGAAAAAGAAAUUUCAUUGAUUAUUUAUGCACCUUUUUCACUGGGAAUAACGACACUGAGAGAGGGUGCACUGCUGUGGGUGACGAAGAUAGAUACCUGUUUUGUGUUGACACUGCGGGUAGUGCCCAUGCGAAUGUGCAGAAGAAGGAGCAGAAGAAGGAGCAGAAGAAGGAGCAGAAGAAGGAGCAGAUGAAGAAACAGAUGAAGAAACAGAUGAAGAAACAGAUGAAUGACCAAACGAAUAGCCAAACUGGUAACCAUGCAGAUAAGGAGAGAACCCCAAUCCAGAAGGAGCUCCACGUCGGGGAGGAAAAGAAAAAAACGAAUUCGCUUAUCCCACCAAAUUUUCUCAAUUCAAAGAAAUAUGUGAAGAGAGGAAAAACGAUGGACACGGAACAGCAAAGUACAAAUGAGAGCAGCAAUUAUUACAUAAAAAGGGACGCAACAGAUGACACAAAAAUGACAACAAAGAGGAGAGAAACUACUACGAGUUGUGAGAAUAACAAGGAGAGGGCGAAUGGAAAACAAACUUACUUGUAUGAUCAUGGAGAAAAUAAGAACCAUAUGGAAAAAGACAUAAAAAUUUUAAACGAUCUAUAUCUAGUAUUGUACUUACGUCUAUUAUUUGAAUGUUCGAUUAAACUUUUAAGUAUUAAAAAAAAUUUAUACUUAUUAGAAAAAAAAGAAAAAUUUGAAAAGGAAAAUAAAAUAAUAUAUAUGAACACAGCAGAUGCGAUAAACAAUUUGAAGCUAAAUUUUCUGAAAAGGGUUCGAAAAAAUGAAGACAAAAAGAAGCUAAGUUUUUUCUUUCGUCCAUAUAGUAGUAGUACCAGACCAAAGGAAGGAUUGCCUGGCCCUACAUUAGAGAAUCCAUGGAGGAAGAAUCAAUUUAAGCAUUCUUAUGGAGAAAAUGGUAGAGAUUCGAUUCCAAGCUCGCCGGUUAAGAGAGGUGAAAACAGUUUGAAGUUCAGUGCAGAAUUGGACCCGGCUAGAGGCAGAUGUAGUGGCAAAAGCAGUGACAAAAGCAAUGGCAGAGGAAGAGGCUUCCGCUUUGGCUUUGGCUUCAUCACUAAAUGGAAAAGCAAAGCACGUGGACACAAGGAACGAGUUACAAAUUAUAUGGAUGAUAAACUGUUUAGGGUAAAGAGAAUGAUAAAUUACUACAUUGUUAACUUUGACGAAGCCAUAACGAACAAGUAUUAUAAAAUAAUUCACGAAAAAAAUGUAAAAAAAAUAAACAAUCACUUGAACAAAUCCAGAGAAAAGGAUAUAGAUAUAAAAAAAUUCCAUGAUAUUUAUUCAUCCAUGGUGGGAAAUUUAAAUAGUAUACUCUCCUUUGCAUACACUGUUGAUACUCGAAAUGAAGCAUAUCACAUUUUGAUGCUCUACAGUAAUCAAGUUUUUUAUAGGUAUAAUUACCUGAAUGAAAAUGACAAUAUGUUAUAUAAAAAUGGGGUCCGUCGAUACUUGCACCGUUUGGAAGAUAUGAUAUUGUCGCAUAAAUACCAGGAUAAGAGAUCAUCAGAUCAUAUACAAAAGAACUCGAGUAAAGAAUCCAUCAAUCAAUUUUACUACAAAAAUGAUAUCCACCUUUUACUUUUUCUACACAGUCAAAGAAUAAAAAAGUGUCUAGAGAUAUUUACGUACAUAUAUAAUAAAAACCAUUUUAACAAAAAUUACUAUUUAAAUUAUUUAUUUCAUAAGUUAAAUUUUUUGAUUUUUUCCAAAAAAUAUUCCUCACACUUUUUGAUAAAUAUUGCAUACCUAGCUUACCAUAAUUGGUUUUCUUGCUUUUCUUUAGUUUACUUUUUAUGUGCCUAUACAUAUGUUACUUUUUUCUUGAUUUAUCAGUCUACUACCUUUUCGUCUGUUCAUUCCUUUGACAUAUUUUCUGAUCCAAGCAUGUCAUUCUAUUUUUUUAAGUUGUAUAGCAGCGUUUGCACCAUGUGUCGAUAUUUGUAUAUACUGCAAUAG